UCAACAGAUCUCAUUUUAUUGGCUCAAGAAGAUGGUCUCGUUCAUCUUUACGACACUUCAGUUUCCGGGCCGCAAGCUUUUAUUCAAGACUAUGAACCGCAUGCGAACGCAGUGUUUGAUGUCAAGUGGCUCUCAUCUGGCUCCUCUUUCCUGACCGCUUCUGGUGAUCAGUCAAUACGACUGAUCGAUGCGGAGCGUGGAAUUAGUUUACAACAAUUCUUCGGACACACUAUGUCCGUCCGUUGUCUUUCACUUAUGCCCAGCGAUACACAGAUCUUCGCUUCCGCCUCACGUGACGNCAGUAUUCGAAUUUGGGAUAUUCGUCUCAAAUCAGACACAGUUAAUUUCCGUGGUACACCGGGUACCUCUAGCGUUGGCCUCCUUUCACAGUGUCACCUUCCUGAUUGGUCUGCGCAAUCUGUGGUGGAGAGCUCGCUCACUCGUCGACCCCGCACACCGCGUCGUCAACCGGUAACUAAAAACUAA